AUGGCGCUGCAGGAAGAGCAGCAACACGAAGAGAAAGAGCAGCAACAGCAGCAGCAGCAACAGCAGCAGCAACAACAGAAGCAAGUGCACGGGAGCAGCAGCAGUCCUAACAGUGGAGACAGCAGCGAUGAAGAGGCUGUCGGAGCAACAGCUGCUGCAGCAGAUGCUGCUUCAGCAGGUGUUGCAGCAGAUGCAGCAGCAGCAGCAGCUUUGCUGUUGCCGCCUGAAGGAGCACUGAUGGAAGGAGAGGAGAGCAGCACUAAUCCCCCCGUGCUUCCUGCUGCUGCACUAACAGCACCCACCGCAGCAGCAGCACCUGCAGCAGCAGCACCUGCAGCAGCAGCAUCUGCAGCAGUAGCACAAGCCGCAGCUCCAGGAGCAGCAGCAAAAGCAGCACAAGCAGCAGCAACAGCAGCAUCACCUGCAGCAGGAGCAGCACCUGCAACGGCGGGAGCAGCAACACCUGCAGCAGCAGCACCAGCAGAAUCAGCAUCAGCAGCAGCAGAAGCAGCAGCAGGGCGCGCAACAGCAGCAGCAGCAUCAGCAGUGGCAUCAGCGGAGAGUCGCCUCCUUCCUGUUCCCUCAGCGAGCGGCGUUACCCCUCUCUCCAGCAGCAGCAGCAGCAACAGCAGCAGCAGCAGCAGCAGCAGCAACAGCAGCAACUUAUUGUUCUUGAGAGCAGGCUGGCUGCAGCGGCAAACCAGACACACAAAGCGCUUUGCUAAUCGCUUUCUUUUGCUGCGGGGGUCUAUCCUUUACUCUUUUAAAAGACUUCCCUUUCUGCGUUGCUGCCCCCUCAGCAGCAGCAGCAGCAGCAGCAGCAGCAGCAGCAGCAGUUGGGGGGUAGUAAAGGAUGAGGACUUGGCUUCGUGGGUAGACUUUGCUGCUGCUACUUGCUGCUGGCAGCUGCGCAGCAGCAAAGUAGCUUGGUUUUGUUAUGAUAAAGCAACAGCAACUUUUAGGUGGACCCUUAUUGCACCCAACUUGCUGCUGCUGCAGCGCAUGCAGCAGCAGCAGCAGCAGCAGCAGAAGGGGCAGCACCAAAACGCAGCAACCAAGGCAGGGCUCAGGGGACGCCCCACACCGGGGCUAACCAAACGCCAGAAGCAGCAGCAGCAGCAGCAGCAGCAGCAGCAGAGAAAUGGGACUGCUGCUGUCUCCUCGUCGCAGUCAUCAGCUGCUGCUGCAGCAGCAGCAGGAUGUACAGACACGAGUGAGGAUGAGGAGGCUUCAUUGUUGACCUUUGCAGCAGCAGCAGAAGCAGCAGAGGCAGCAGCAGAGACGGCUGCAGCAGCAGAGAGUGCGGCAGCAGCAGCAGCAGCAGCAGCAGCAGCGGAGCGAGAGACAGCAGAAGCCCUAGCCGCAUGCACUGAAGAGGUAGUGUUUGCUGCUGCUGCUGCAACAACAGCAUACGACUGGAUGAGGUUAAUGGAUAGCUGCUGCUACUUAGGAGACGCAUCUGAGGUGUACAUACACCGCAGCUUAUCUACACCAUUUGCGCUGUCUCCUCUUGAUGGUUUACCUUCUUGGUUGUUUGCUGCAGGCUGGUUGUAUCUUGCUGCUGCUCGCCGCAGGUACGAACAGCAAACAGCAGCAGCAGCAGCAAGAGAGGCGGAGGCGGCAGCGGACCAGCAACGGCAGCACCAGCAGCUGCUGCAGCUGCAGCAGCAGCACAGCGAGAGGCUGCAGAAGUGCUCUCAGCAGCAAUCCCUGCUGCCUUCCGCUGCCUGGCAGGCUCCUGCACCUGCUGCAGCAGCCACUGCAGCAGCAGCAGCAACAACGGCAGCAGCAGCACCACUACCACCACCCACAGGAGACAGAUUGUUUGUGUCUCUACGUCUGCUAGCCCUUCAUGAUUUGCUGCUGCCGGAUGGCUACGGGGUGUAUUGUCUCCUUGAGUAUCAGUCUUCUGUCUCUUUCUUUUCUGUAUUUGGGGGCCCCUCUGCUGCUGCUGCUGCUGCUGCUGCAGCACCGCCUUCAGGGGCGAGGCCGUGGGCAGCCACUCUGCAGCAGCAACAGCAGCAACAGCAGCAACAACAACAGCAGCAGCAGCAGCAUGGUUUUGUUGCUUCUCCAUCACUCUUUCAGAAAUGGUUUAAGAGGGCAAAGGGCUCAGCUGCUGUCUCCUUCUGUCGGCGUUUGCUGCUGCUGCUGCCUCCUUGCUGCGUCUCUCUCCCCGUCUUCUAUCCGAGGCCGCAGGAAGAUCUGCUGCUGCACUUCGUUGCAGCUCCCUUGGAGCAGCAGCAACAUCAGCAGCAGCAGCAGGUGAGGGCAGCCAGUGGGCGCGACCGGGGCAGCAGCAGCAGCAGCAGCAGCAGCACACUGGCAGCGGCAGAUACCACAGCUGCGCUUUCAUCUGCUGCUGCUGCUGCCGCAGCUGCUGCUGCACCUGCAGACCUUCAUUCGUCUGAGGCCGCGUUAGUAGCAGCAGCAGCAGCAGCACCUCCGGUACUGCGGGAACCAACAGCCACCGCAGCAGCAGCAGCAGCAGCAGCAGCAGCAAACGAGCCAACUGCGAGUUCGUUAUCCCUUCGUAUUGGAGCCGGACAAGAUUAUUAUCUCUGCAGCUUUAGGCUGCAGCAGCAGCAGCUGGGGUGUGGGGCCCCUCGUUUGCUGCAGCUGAAGGGGUUUUGUGUCUCCUUAGCGAAGCACCCGUUGCUAGAGAAGUGCAAGACCAUCCCUUCUGCUGCUGCUGCAGCAGCAGCUGCUGCUGCUGCUGCUGCUGCAGCAAGGAGGAGCGGCAUUGUGUCGCCGCGUGUUGCAGCAGCAGCAGCAAAGCAGUUUGUGACGCAGCAGCAGCAGCAGCAACAGCAGCAGCAGAACGAGCUGGAGGAGCAGGAGGAGGCGGCCGGCGAUGAAGAGAGCGUGUGUGUGCACGAAGCAGCAGCAGCAGCAGCAGGAGCAGGGGCCGCAUGCAGCAGCAGCACACUGGUUCUUGAGGCCCUUCUAGGGGGCUCUUCUUGGCUGCAGCUGCUGCAGUACCGGCCGGAAGCAUUUGAUUCUCCACAGCCUUUUUCUCAGUUUUGUCUAGAAGAAGGAGAAGGAGCAGCAGCAGAUGCAGGGACAUUAACACCAAUACAGCUUGUGGGGUUGCAGCUAAAGCGGCUGCAGCGGCUGCAGCGACGCUUUGCUGCUGCAAGGAGACAGUUGGGGUGUCUCUUCGAGUUCAGCAGCUGUUUUGUCUCUUUUGCUGCUUUCCUUUACCUUAUGGCUGUCGUCAGCAGCGGCCCUGCAACCUCCCUUGUGCUGCUGUUGCUGCUGCUGCUCCUGCUGCUCCUGCUGCUGCACCCGCGAGCCGCGCAAAAGGCCCUUGCUGCAACACAAGAGCUCCCGCUGCUGCUGCUGUUGCUGCCGCAAGAGGUGCUGCCGCUGCUGCUCUUUAAAUGCCCAGCAGAACAAGCUGCUGCUGCUGACGUGGCGAGGCAAACGGCAUUAGCUUCUGCUGCUGCUGCAGCAGCUGCUGCUGCUGCUGGAGGAGGAGGAUCCGCAGCAGCAGCAGCUGGUGCAGCAACAAAAACAGCAGAGAUACUCAAGCAAGGCCCGUCGCCCUCAGCAGCGGCAAGUGCUGCUGCUGUUGCUGCAGCCUUGCUCAUGCUGCACCGGCACCAGCAUCUGCUGCUGCUGCAGCCCACCGCAGCAGCAACAGCAGCAGGACACUCCGAGGAGGCCAGCACUAACUGCAACUGCAGUAACAGCAACAGCUGCUGCAGCUGCAGCAGCCUGCUGCCUGUUGAGGGAAAAGAUGUGGAGCAGCAGCCACUACAGCUGCAGCAGCAGAAGCAGCAGCAGCAGCGAGACGCGAAGCAGCAACAGGAGGAGCAAGGUCAGCAGCAGCUGCUUUGGUGCUGCUGCUGCAGCAUCAGUUGCCAAGGGGGGGAGGCAAUGAAGGUGCUGUCUCCGUUGCUGCAGUCUGUGCAGCAGCGGAAACAGCAGGAGCAGCAGCAGCGCUGCAGCAACAGGGGUCUGCUAAGCCGCUGCUUCUGGGGCUUACUCGUUAAAGGAUUGCUGCUGCUGCACCGUAUGCAGCUGCUGCUGCUGCUGUCAGCAGCAGGAGGCUGCCCUGGGCCUCUCACUGUGCAGCUCCUAUCAGCCACAGCGAAACGCUGCAGCUGCCACAACGCCUUGCAGCAGCAGCAGCAGCAGCAGCAGAGGCAGCAGCGAGAGGGACAAGCAGCACAGCAGCAGAAGCAGGCGCAGCUGCAGCUACAGCAGCAGCAGGACCGGAACCUCCCCCAGCUGCUGCUGCUAGACCCCCCAAAAGAGCAGCAGCGAGGGACCCCCGGCUUUGCUGCAACAGGUGCAGCCACUGCAGCAGCUGAAGCAGCAGCACCAGCAACAGCAGCAGCAACAGCAGCAGCAACAGCAGCUGGCAGCGACGACAGCAGCAGCAGCAGCAGACGUGCUGCCUUCUGCCUUGUUGAGGCCCAGUACAGGGGCUCUGGGGGAGAGUUUAAGGGAGGCUGCUUCUUCCGUAUGGCUUUAGACACGCCACAGCAGCAGCAGCAGCAGCAGCAGCAGCAGCAGCAGAUGGAGCAGCCGCAGCCUCAGACGGAAGCAGCAGCUGCAGCAGCAGGGUUUGUUGUUGCAGUGUCUGCAGAGACAGAUGAAUUCGGCUGGGCCUACGGAGACAGCUUAGAAGGCCCCUGGGGGAAAAAGGAGACACCUACAACUGACGUACGCAGGCGCCGCUGGCUGCCGCCAGGAACUGUAAUGCGCGGCCGCAUAGCGGGGGGCACUAUGCAGCUGCAGCAGCAGCAGCAGCAGCAGCAGCAACAGCAGCAGAAGGCAUUCACACCACAUCAGAAGCAACUAGCGGAGGGGCCCCAUGUGGGUGUACAGCAGCAACCACAGCAGCAGCAGCAGCAAGUGUUGCGUCGGCAGAGCGUGGAGGGUGGAUGUUGCCCAAGCGAAGCUAGCUGCAGCAGCAGCAGGAGCAGCAGCAGCAGCCGCCGCAGCAGCAGCAGCAGCAAGAACAAAAAGGCUGUCCUCAGUGAAGCAGCAAGAAUGGCGUCUUCGUGGUUAGGAAAAAAGCUGCGGGCGCACACUGCACAGCGCCCCCGAGGGGCUGCUGCUGUUGCUGCGCAACAGCAGCAGCAGCAACAACAACAGCAGCACCAGCAGCAGCAGGUACAGCCCACCGUGUGGAGCCUUCCUGCAUGUGUUGAAGACGAUUACUUCUCAGCCGCAAGCACAGCAGCACAAGGCACUGCAGCAGCAGCAGCAGCAGCAGCAGCUUCAGCAGCAAGUGCAGCAACCCCACCAGCCCCCACGCACAGCGGCAGUGAGAGCAGCAGGGGUUGCUUGGAUGCACAACAACCUGCUGCUGCAUCUGCUGCUGCUGCAGCAGAGUCUCUUUCGGAUGCGGGUUCAGUAAGCUGCGCUGCAGCAGCAUCGGAGGCAGCAGCAGCUCUAGCAGCAGAAGCUACUGCUACUAAUGCUGCUGCUGCUGCUGUAUCAGAAGCGGUGCCCGCUGCUGCAGUGAAAGAUGCGCCUGACUCCGAGACAGAGGCAGCAGCAGCAGCAGCGGAAGAUGCUCGUACAGCAGCAGCAGCAGCAGAUGCUCCAACCGCAGCAGCAGCAGAUGCUGGUCCGCCUGCAGAAAAGCAAGGCCAAGCAGCAGGAGAUGAGGAGACGGAGGCAGCAGCAGCCACAGCACUGCCGCACGCAGCAGCGACGAAAGAAGGAGCGCAGCCUGCUGCAGCAGCAGGUGAUGCAGCAGCAGAGGUAGCAGCAGCAGCAGAAGACGCGAGAGGGGCAGCAACGGAAGGGCCGUCAGGAGAAGCAGCAGCAGCAGCAAUAGAAAGAGAGGAGCAGAGCGGAGGCACUGAAGAGCUUGAGCCCUGUGCUGCAUCUGCCGCAGCAGCAGCAGCAAACGCAGAAUCAGCACAAAAUGCUGCAGCAAAAGAAGCAGCAGAAGCAGCAGAAGCAGAAGCAGCAGCGACUGCUGCAGCAACAGAAACAGCAGAGGCCGCAAAAUCAGGGUCUGCAACACCAGCAGCAGCAGGAGAAGCAAAGUUACCAGAGCCUGCUGCAGCAGGAGACGGAGCAGCAGCAGAAGCAGCAGCAGCAGCUUCUGCAGCAGCAGCAGUUGAAACACCGCAUGAAACAACAGCAGCAAAGGAAGGAGCUGCUUCGGACACAGCUGAGGGCACCAGGGAUCUUUCGUCGGUCGCUCCAGCAGCAGCACAAGGUGCAGUGCCUUCAACAACCGCAGCAGCACCUCCUGCUGCUGCUGCAGACGGCAGCAGCGGAGGUGGGCUGCGAGGCUUUUGGUUUGAGUUGCUGGGGGUCCCCGAGAUGAAGGGGCCCUUCUCCUCGGCCUCCUUGGCAGAGCAGCAGCAGCAGCAGCAGCAGCAGGCGCGAGAGCAGCAGCAGCCACAACAGCAACAGCAGCAGCAACAACAACAGCAGCAACAAGGCACUAGAGGAGGGAGGAGGCUGUCAUUAUCGUUUUAUCGAGAUAGAAAGCCUGAGCAGCAGCAGCAACAACAAAAACUACAGCAACAGCAGCAGCAGCAACAGCAGCAGCAGCAGCAGCAACAGCAGCAGCAGCAGCAACAGCAGCAGCAGCAGCAACAGCAGCAGCAGCAGCAGCAACAGCAGCAGCAGUUGCUACAGGACGUGCACCCCCUGCAGGAGAUCGGCCCAUCCGCUGCUGCUUUGUUGGUGCUGCAGCGAGAGCAGCAGCAAAUGACUCCGCAGCAGCAGCAGCAGCAGCAAACUGAGCGAGCAGUAUGCCGGCUACACCGGGCUGAAGAGGCUCUGUGGCUGCAGCAGCAGCUGCAGCAGCAGCAGCAGCAGCGGGGGUGGUGGCCUUGCCCUAGGCUUCCCCUUUGGGCUGUUCCUCCUCCUGUAUCUUUCUGCUGUCUCUGUGGUGCGGAUCUAUCAUCGCGUGCAUUGAGAGAAGCAGCAGCAGCAACAGCAGCAGCAGCAGCAGCAACAGCAGCAGCACAAGCAGCAGCAGCAGCAGAGGACAGCGCUUCGGUUGAAUCGGCCUUUCUGCAUGGAUCCCUCAGCAACACCCUCAAUGCUGCAGCAGCAGCAGCAGCAGCAGCAAAAAUGCCCAGCAUUCCUUGUGCUGCUUCCCUGCUGCACCAGAUGCUGCAGGGCCGCUGCACUCCUUCCUCUCCAGGUGUACAGGCAGAUGCUGCUGCUGCUGCUGGUAACUACCCCACAGCUUUGUGUGCUGCUUGCUACACUCGGGUACUAAGAGGGCGUGCAGCAGCAGCAGCAGCAGCAGCUGCUGCUGCUGCUGCCAACGCACUCCGAGGGCAUGGCCUCACAGGAGGUCGCACUCAUCCAAUACACUGCAAGGACUCAUCUGCAGCAGCAGCAGCAGAUGCUGCUGCUGCUGCUGCUGCUGCAGGCAAAAGUGCUGUAGUGGGCGAGACGGCUGCAAAUGCAGCAGCAGCAGCAGCAGCAGCAGCAGAAGGCUGCUGCGAGUUGCGCCAUUCCCCGGAGAACAACGAGCAGAGCAGCAGCACGAGCAAACCUAUCAUCAGCAGCAGCAGCAGCAGCAGCAGCUUGGAUGUGUUUGCUGCGUAUAGAGAACUAAGAGGAGCAGCAGAAAGGCUGCUUGAUUGCGUCUGGCAUGCUGCUGCUGCUCUUGAGAGGGCUGUGAAUUUGUUUUGCUGGGGGAGCGAGGACGUAACGUGGCUGCUGCUACUGCUGCUGCUGCUGCUGCUGCCCGUGCUUCUGCUGCUGCCCCUCAGCCUGCUGGGGGGUUUCUUUAUCUUUGAUCUCUUCUAUACGGGCCUCAAGCGAGGCAUCUGGAAGCGUCAUGCUACUGCUGCGCUGCAGCAGCACCUGGCAGCAGCACUUGCUGCAGUAGCGGGGGGACCUAUAACGUUUUGGUGCUUCAAGCUGCGGCAGCAGCAGCAGCAGCAACAGCAGCAGGAGCGACAGUGGAAACAGCUGCAACAAGAGCUGCUGCAGCGCACCGGGGUGUAUGUCCCUGUGUCUGUGUUUGCUGCUAGCUACAGUGAAGCAGCUCUAAUAGAAGAAAUAAGAAGGCUGUCUCCUUUUGCUGCUCCUCUCGUAGAGCCCAACCCCUGGUGGCUGCUGGGGCUGCUGCAGCACUCCCCCACAGAUGUUACACACGACACAGCGGAGCAGCUGCUACUCUAG